AUGGAGUCCAACCAUGAAUUCAACGAGUUGGGUCAAGAUCAAGGUGUCGGUGAUCAGAAUACCCAUCAAUCAUCUCCCCUUUUCUUCCCAGAGAACCCCAAUCUCCUCAAUGUUCUCGGCGGAGACCUGCCCAAUUUCAACGAUGACGGCGGGAUGGGCAUAGGACAGUCACUUUCUGGCGACCAACCUGGCACAUCAAGUAAUGAGAAUACCUCAUUCCAGGAACUGUCAUUCGAUGACAUUUUUGAUUUUGCCGCUUUUGAAAACGGCGUCCAAGGUCAGGACAAUGACGGUGACGAUGGCGAGGAGGACAGGGAGUCGGAGUCGGAGGAGGAUGACGACGACGACGACGAAGAUGAAGGCAACCAUAAGGACAAGGACGAGGAGGAUAGUCCCGCUGAUGAUCCAUCCAACACAAUGGCCUUGAUGAGGUACGCCCUCACAAGAGCAGCCAACGACAACGUCCGCCCUGUCUUUCCCGACAUCAGGGCCAUCUUCGACAGUGUGGCCAGCGUCGCCAGGUCUCGAGGCGCCUGGGCAGGGACCCUUCGUGGUCGCGUCUCGAUGGCGUCCGUUCGGCACUAUGGCCGAGACCUCGUCGUUCUGGAGGGCGAGCUCGAGACGCUCAAGGUCCGCAUGGAAAGGGCACUUGCCCUCAUCAACGCCGACAACUUCGCCCGCCACAACCAGGCCGAGGGCAUCAAUGCCAUUUUGUUCAUGGUCAAUCGGUGUCUGGAGGACAUCGACCUCCAAAAACGCCUCUGCGACGAGGUGUUCCGUCAGGCUGGACGUCUCUCGUGCCUCUCCGCCGACCCUGUGGGGUUGGCGGACGCCGAGAGACGCCUGCGUGCCGCCCUGGCUGCCUCGUUGAGGCGUUUAGAGAGGGUUCAAGAAAUCGAACCAAUGUUGGAGGCCUUUGAGGCCGAGUUUCAACUUGUGUUGAGCUCUGGCGAUGUUUGA